AUGGUUGAAUAUCCAAAGAUAUCAGAGAUAUUAGCAGAUACAGGUUCAAUUAUAUCUUGGAUUCUUUCAAUAUCAUGUAUAGUAUCUAAAUACAAUGAAAAUUUAAGUGUUGAAAAAACUUAGAAAGAUAUAAUAACAAUGUACUAUCAUGAUUUUAAUGAUUUUAUUAUUUAGAAGAAUUGGAUGGGUCAUAUUAUAAAGGUUAAUUAUAAAGGAAAAGAAUAUGAUCUCAAAAAAUCAGAAGAAAUUAUCAAUAAAUUAGAUACUAUUGCUAUUAAAAAAAUGAAUUACUUAAAUCUAUAAAAUGAAGUAGCCAAGUAAUUAUUUUAUUGUAUUCUAUUAGAUUAUAAUUAAUCUUAUAAGAACAUUUAGGAGUUCAAUAAAUUAAAAAAUAUUUAUAAUCCUAAUAUAAAUUAGAAUCAUUAUUUGAUAAAUUAGGAAUACCUGAUAAAUCCUUUGAGUAAGAAAUAAAUUAAAUAGUAAUAUCUUUUUUCAUUCUUUAAGCAUGCUGAACAUGAGUUGUAAUAGGAUAGAAUUUAAUAAUUUAAUAUCGAAGGAGAGAUUGAUUUAAAAAUUAAUAAAGAUACUAUAGAACAUGAAAUAGAUUUUAGGAUGGGACUUUUAGAUAUGAAAAUAAUUGAAAAUGGCGAACUAAAAGAGCAAAACAGUUUCUAAAUUUAGGAAUCCUUUUAAAAUAUAAAUAAUUAUUUAACUGCCAUCAAUGUUGAUAAGCCUGAUGAUGCUAAAUGA